AUGCAAGACUUUAUGUGUCGCGUGCAUUUUCUCAAAGGAGCUCACUAUACAUGUGAUCAUGUAGAAAAUGAUUUGAACCAGGUUAGAGAACUCCUUGAAGUACACCAUGAGGACUCCAAACUUACGUUUAAAGUUGAUGGAUACAUCAGCAAUGCCAACUACUCAGUGAAAAAAUGCAUAUUUUUGCUGUUCAUCAAUCACCGCCUGGUGGAUUCUAGCGCUCUACGCAAGGCAAUUGAAGCUGUGUAUGUGGCUUACCUCCCAAAGAACAUGCAUCCCUUUAUAUACCUCAGUCUGGAAAUUGCCCCACACAAUGUGGACGUAAACGUUCAUCCUACCAAGCAUGAGGUUCAUUUUCUCCAUGAAGACGCCAUCAUAGAAAGCAUACAGAAAUGUGUCGAAACCAAACUGCUUGGCUCCAAUGCAUCAAGAACAUACUUUGCCCAGGCACUGCUGCCAGGAGCCCCUGUUUCUGUUGGAGAAGUGAUCUCUGAGAAGAAGAAAACAGAGGAGGACACAGGGGCACCCAAAGUUUAUGCACACCAAAUGGUUCGCACAGACAGCAGAGAGAGGAAACUGGAUGCUUUCUUUCAAAAAACAGGAAGCAAUGGUCAGGUUGCCAGAAGAGAUAACUCGGCAGGUGAUGUGGGGGUGACUAAGGCAACAGAUGCUCCAUCAAGAAAAAGGGUGCUAGAAGAAGAAGAAGAAGGAGACGAUGUGGAGACAGAACCACCAGAGGGCAGUGCUGUCACUGAGACAACCCAAAGAAGGGAAAUCAAACUGACCAGUGUCCUAGCACUGAGAAAAGAUAUCAAAGACAAUGUCCACUCAGGUCUCCAAGAACUGGUUCAGCAUCACACAUUUGUUGGGUGUGUCAACGAGGAACGGGCAUUGUUACAACAUCAGACAAAACUGUACCUGGUUAACACCACAACAUUAAGAUGUCAACAUGCUUCUGUGUCAUUCAUAAAAACAAUUUUCAACUUCCAGUUAGGUCUUCUGCUAUGGGCACCCAAAGUUUAUGCACACCAAAUGGUCCGCACAGACAGCAGAGAGAGGAAACUGGAUGCUUUCUUUCAAAAAACAGGAAGCAAUGGUCAGGUUGCCAGAAGAGAUAACUCGGCAGGUGAUGUGGGGGUGACUAAGGCAACAGAUGCUCCAUCAAGAAAAAGGGUGCUAGAAGAAGAAGAAGAGGACGAUGUGGAGACAGAACCACCAGAGGGCAGUGCUGUAACUGAGACAACCCAAAGAAGGGAAAUCAAACUGACCAGUGUCCUAGCACUGAGAAAAGAUAUCAAAGACAAUGUCCACUCAGGUCUCCAAGAACUGGUUCAGCAUCACACAUUUGUUGGGUGUGUCAACGAGGAACGGGCAUUGUUACAACAUCAGACAAAACUGUACCUGGUUAACACCACAACAUUAAGUUUGCACAGAGAUGUGGAAUGGGAUACAGAAAAAGAAUGCUUUGAAACUUUUGCCAGAGAAACCAGUGAAUUCUAUGCUAUGAAGAAGGACUCUUUCAAGCUAUUAAAGGAAGACUCCAGUGAAUCCUGGAAGUGGACCACAGAACAUGUCAUCUACCCUGUCAUACGAACAAGUUUAUACCCACCAAAAUUAUUUGCAGAAAAUGCCUCAUUUCUACAAAUCGCGAACCUUCCAGACCUUUAUAAAGUGUUUGAAAGAUGUUGAUACUCUGUUACUUGAAUGUGUUUUAAAAGUCUUUUUCUUGGGGAUUUACACGAUUGUUUCAUCUAUGCAGAGUUAUACUGUAUAUCACAUGCGCAGUGCUGGUACAGUAUAUUUGAACUACUGCGGCGUCGCUGUAUUAAAUAAUUAGUCUUUUUUAACCUUGCCUGAUCGAGCAACGGCAGGCUGUUCACAUCAAAGAAAUAGCGAUGUCAGCCUGUUACCAGGUGAAUGACACUGUGUGAAUAGUGAUAAUUGUUCAGGCAAAGCCGUUAUA